AUGCAAUCACGAAUUACUGUCUCGGUGUCUCAAUACCUCUUUGCCCGCAUCAAAGAGAUUGGUGUUCGAUCUGUCCAUGGUGUACCAGGAGACUACAAUUUGGUGUCGCUUGACUACGUAGCCAAAGCUGGAUUGCGCUGGAUUGGUAAUUGCAACGAGCUCAACGCUGGGUAUGCGGCCGACGGAUACGCUCGCAUCCAUGGGAUUUCUGCCCUGAUGACAGUCGCAGGAGUGGGGGAGCUAUCAGCCUCCAACGCCAUUGCGGGAGCAUACGCCGAGUACGUCCCGAUUGUGCACAUUGUGGGACAGCCCAGUCUAGUAUCACAACGACAGAAGAAAUUACUGCAUCAUUCACUGGGCGAUGGGAAUUUCACAGAAUUGGCGAGAAUGUCGGACAGAGUGACAGCCAAAAGCGUACAGAUAGAUUGCGCGAAGCAAGCCCCUGGGCUGAUUGACGAUGUUAUCGCUCACUGCUGGAACACCAGCAGACCGGUGUCAAUCAUUCUUCCCACCGACAUGGUUCAUGUUCCUGUCCUGGCUGAGAAUCUUACACGACCGCUCGACCUAUCUGCCCCCAGAAACGAUCAGGCACUUGAAGCCCACGCAGCGGACGCUUUUCUCGAAGCUGUGCGGAUGGCAAAGAACCCCAUAUUUCUAGUUGGGGGCUAUAAUGUGCGCUUUACAAAGAGAAGGGAGGUGAAAUUGCUCGCUGAAAUGCUGGGACUACCUUUAUUUCUAUCCGCAUCUGGACGUGGCAUCAUCGACGAGCAAGAUCACAACUUCAAAGGGCUUUACUUUGGAGACUGCUCUGAUCCACUUGUGAUGCAGAAGGUCCGGUCUUCUGAUCUGAUCAUAUCCAUUGGCAACAUUCACUCUGAUUUGAACGUCGCAUCAGUGUCAUGGAGCUUUGAUCCAUCGAAAAUGAUUGAAGUUCGGGAUGAAAUUACUCACGUACAGGGCAAAGCGUACCCAGAUUUGAAAAGUGCGAGUCUUCUACAAGCUAUCAUCCGCCGUUCAGCCACUUCCAUUUCGAUAAAAAGACGCCAAGAUUUAGCUUUGCCCAUGUCAAAGAUCGCCCCGGAAACGGGAAAUGGGCGUAUGCCAUUCACGUCAGCUGCGAUCAUGAGUCAGGAGCCUGCCCCUGGAGACGUAUUGAGAAAGGGCGUGCGGAUGUCGCAUACGCUGAGCUACAGCGAGGAAACCAACAGUAUAAGCCAUGACUGGUUAUGGCCCAAGAUGAGUGACUGGCUAUGCCCCGGAGACACAAUUAUAGCCGAGACGGGUACCUCCAACUUCGGAAUAUGGUCUACAAAGUUUCCCCGUGGUGUCAACUUCAUCAGCCAGUAUGUGUGGGCUAGCAUCGGGUAUUCCUUGGGUGCUUGCCAGGGAGCUGCUGCGGCCGUUCAGGACUCAGAACAACCCGAUCGACGAACCGUCCUCUUCAUCGGCGACGGGAGCUUCCAGUUCACCUGUCAGGAGAUGAGCACUAUCAUCAAACACAAGCUCACGCCUAUCAUUUUCGUUAUCUGCAACAAAGGAUACACGGUCGAGCGGCUUAUCCAUGGCUGGAAUGAAUCUUACAAUGACAUUCAGGAAUGGCAAUACCGAAAACUGUUGGGGGUCUUUGGUGCAGAUCGCGGAUCGUAUCAGACACAUCAGAUUCGGACCCAGGCCGAGCUUACUGCUCUUCUGCAGGACCCAUCGUUCAAUAAUGACCAGGUUCUUCGAUUUGUUGAACUACACAUGGAUCGGGAUGAUGCUCCGUCUAAUCUUACGAUACUAACUCAGCAGCUUGUAACGCCGGAAGCGCAAUCUCAAGUGGCUAAAUGUCGAAACGAAGAAUAA